CUGUGAAAUGCAUUUGUUUUGCUUCUGUAUUAACUUUUACCUCAGGACUAAUCUGCAAAUAAGCAGUUGCUUUUUGUUACAUAAUAAGAUUGUUCCACAAGAAAGAUUCACAGGAAUAAAAUCCUGUGCCUUGAUCUUUGGAUUAGCAGGAAGAUAAAAUGGCUAGUGAGUGCCGUGAGCUCACAGUGCAGAAUGAAUUCACCUGACUCCAGCGUGCACCAUCUCUUUCUUCAGCCGUUUUGGGAUUAUAUUCUUACUGAGUUUGGCGACAUUGUGAGUUCCCCAUUUUUCCCAGUCUUACUGGCAUUUUCUGGUUAUCUAUGCUUCAGUUUUCCUUUCACUUGUAUUGACUUACUGGGAGAGCGAUGCUCCCUUCUGUAUCAAUACAAAAUUCAGAAGAACAAACGUCCAACAGUAGAGAUGAUGAUUCUUUGCGUCUGGAAGGCUGUAUACAACCAUGUGAUUUAUGUUUUCCCAGCUAUCUUUCUUAAUUGGUUCUGGAUGCCCCAAUGGCCUUUACCAGUGAAUGCUCCAACUGUAUGUACUCUCCUUGUAGAGGUGUUGGGAUGCCUGCUUCUGUUUGACUUUCAAUAUUUUAUAUGGCAUGUCUUGCACCAUAAGAACCUUUGGUUAUACAAGAAAGUUCAUGCUGUUCACCACAAAUAUGUUGCCCCAUUUUCAUUGUCAAGUCAGAAUCUUAGUGGCUACGAGCUUUUGACUGUUGGCUUUUGGAGUAGCCUGAAUCCCAUCAGCUUAGGCUGUCACCCUCUGACGUCAUGGACAUGUAACCUCUUAAGCAUUUGGAUGUCUGUAGAUGACCAUACGGGCUACAAUUUCCCUUGGUCUCUUUCCCAGAUUGUGCCCUAUGGUUUAUAUGGAGGGGUGUUGGCUCAUGACCUGCAUCAUCAGAGACCAGACACUAACUUUGCCCCAUUUUUUGGACAUUGGGACCUAAUUUGUGGAACUACUGGUUCUAUGAUAGGAAGUGUUUAAUGUGCAAAUGUGAUUUUUAAAGGAUACUUUUCGCAAUGUAUACUGCCAGACUGAAAAAAAGCUGAACAUGAGAUAUUUUAACCCACUGGAAAGAACAGGUGUAAAGUUC